UUUACUACAUUCUGAAACCCAAGAGAGAAGACCGCAGCCUGAGAACAUACUAUUGAGGUAAUCUAGCUCUUCAUACUCUGGUCGUGAUUUCCCAUACUUCACCUGUAAAGAGUGUGCUACAAUUUUAAGUAUUUGAGAGCUCUUUCUGAUUUUUUUCAGUGAUAAUUGAAAUGGAAGAUGAUAUAUUCUCGUGCAUUGGCAAUGGAAUUCAAGUAGACCGCAAAGUACUUCAGACAUUGCAAAAGAAUUUUGUGCAAGUGCAAAACAUUUUGGAUCAAAACAGGUUGUUAAUCAAUGAGAUCAACCAAAACCAUGAAUCUACAAUCCCAGAUAACUUGACUCGAAACGUGGGUCUAAUUAGAGAGCUAAAUAACAAUAUCAGAAGAGUAGUGGAUCUCUAUGCUGAUCUCUCCAGUUCUGUGACAAUAUCUAUGGAGGCUUUCUCCGAAGGUGAAUCAACAAAUGCUAAUCAGUCAGAUGGAAGAGGCGGUCAGAAGAGAAUUAGGUCCAGUUGACUGAUCGUAUUGGAGUUCAGCUCUCUUUUCGUUGUUUCUCAGUCGAUCAGCUUUCUCUUUUUAACUAGGUUUGAGUAGAAUGGGAUGGAUACAGAGGAUUCUUGUAGCUGACCCUAUUGUUUCUCAGUGUAGGUGAAAAAUCCGUUGAUCAUUGGUAUCAGUUCUAGGCUAAUGGCCGUGACAUUUUGAAACUAAUACUCUGUGGUUAAGUGCUCCAUUGUAGCUUUUUCUAUCUGCUUAUGGAAUUGGAUUCAAAUUCUUUGUUGCGGAUUUGUAGUUUUCUCCUUGUAUAUCUAUCAGUAAAGUUUCUCAUUUUGUAUUUCA